AUGGAUAGCCAAGAAAAACCACCUAGAUGGUCGUGCCAGUCCCAAGGUUGUACCAAAUCGUUUCAGCGGAAGGAGCAUUUGACUCGGCAUCAAAAAUCACAUUCAAAUUCGUCUCCAGCACAUAUUUGUAGAAUAUGCCACAAAGAGUUUUCUCGUAGCGAUGGUCUCCAGAGACAUCUUGGACGUCACGGACAACAAUUCAAAAGGCCUACUGGUCGAAGCAGGAGGGCAUGCGCGGCUUGUCAUUCCAGUAAAAUCAAAUGCGAUGGAAAUGAUCCAUGUUCCAGGUGUAGAAAAAAGGAAAUUUCCUGCAAAUAUGGAUUGCGACAAGAAUUGCCUCCCAUAGCCAGCAUACAAGAUGAAGCCUCUAAAGAUGGUUUGAGCGAUUGGGAGGGAUCGGAACUCUCAAUGUCCGAAAAUGUACAAGGGGAUCAGAUGUCCGUUGAAAGCCCACAGUCUGAUCAGACACCGAAUCCUGAUGAAACCUUUAUUACAAAUCAAAUAUCCAGCGUGGCUCAAGCAUUCAACUCUGGUCAAUCGUCCCACUUGAAUCACGCAUUCAACUGUAUUCCAACACGCAGCCCUUUGCAAGAGGCACAUGAUUCGUCGGUAAGCAGGAACGUUCUCAAUAAUUCUGUCAUUGCUGAAGAUUCGCUCUCACUGAAUUUGAGGCGCACGCCUCACGGGCUUCUCGAUUGGUCAAAUGUCAGGAUCCAACAAGAUGCUCCUCAAACCCGAGAAGCACCCCAAAAUACCCCUGUUUCCAUAUCUAAACUUGAAUACCUAUGUUCACUUGCCGAAGAAACUGUCGAGAGAUAUCGUCAUCUAUACCUUGCUGAUUUCCACGAUCGGUGGCCUAUAAUACAUUCCCCAACUUACGAAGAUGAUGAAGAGACACCUAAGCUUCUACUUCCAUCUAUAUUGAUGAUUGGAGGUUGGAUUGACGGCACCCCAAGCUCGAGAGAUUGGGCUUUGAAAGUUCACCAUAAUUUGGUAGAGCAUGUUAUCCCACGUCUGUGCCAGUUGAAGGAUAUAGAUACAAUGACACAGCCUCUGCCGAUUGUUCUAUAUCAGUGCACGUUGUUGAAUAUUGUUUUUGCAUCAUACUGUGGGAAACGUGAGGUUUUGAAAAAAGGACUGAUCUUACGCAACUUGUUAGUUGCUUCUAUAUACGAAACUGGAAUCUUAACACCUGGGACUAUUUAUCCAGACGAUAAGCCCGGGUAUUUUCUACCACUACGUUCGGUUAGAGACCAACAGAGAAAGAGGAUAGCAGUCGAUCUCUUCAAGAUUGACACAUAUUUCAGUGCCAUAACCGUGCAGCCAGUUUUACUCAAGCCAGAAGAACUACACUUUAGUAUUCCAGACACCAUCGCGCUUUGGAAUGCCGGAGGGCUUCCUAAUUGGGAGGCUCGCCAACCGAAUGAACCGAAAUCUAGAAGCUCUCGUUCAAUCAAUGUGAUGUUUGAAGAAGUCGCUCUGGGAGUAGUUGAGUUUUCAGAAAAUGAGUCCAUGUUAGAAGAUAUCCAGAUUUGUCUUUGGGCUAUGCAGUCAGAAAUCUUGCAGCUUUCCAAGCAGAGUCGGCCUGAGAGACGGAAUGAACUAAGUCUGAAUAUUCAAAGACAAUCACUUAAACGCCAACUGAAAGCUCUAAAACGUGGGUUCUCAAAUCUUUCCGCGAAAGUAUCGUGCCCCGGUGCAUUUGACCAGACAGAACUGUCUCCAGUGCAUUACUAUUAUGGACUCGAAGACCAUGAUAAGCCUGGAUGGCAAGAUAUAGUUUGCCGACGCAUUCAUAGCUUUAUGUUUGACACUUCUGUCCUUCAUCACCUGGUGAGUUUACAACUAUUUACCGAGACUCAGACUAUCAGGAUGCUCGCCAAAGAUCUAGCACUUUCUGAUAAAGCCCGAGGAGUCUUCGGAGAUGUAUAUUCUCAACCCCAUACCAGACGUGUUGCAGCAGCACGUGCAUGGACACAAGAGCCUAACUCUCGGCAUGCCUUAUGGCAUGCCACUGAAAUUCUCCUGAGCCACAAUGCACUCAACCGAACCCCCUCUCUCGCCAACUUCAUCCCCGACCCAAUUUCCUACAUAGCUUUAGCAUCUGCAGCAUUAGUCAUUUGGACCCAUUGCAUGUACGGACAAGAAGCAUGCAACGCGUUAUCAUGCACAUCGAUGCUCCCUCACGAAGUGAGUAUGUCUAUCGAGUUGACAAAAUUAAGCGAAGUGAUAAAUGGCUUCUCGUAUGACGAAAAGGGAAAGGAGGUUUGGAUUGAAGGAGGUGCUUAUUUUAGAGCUUCAAUUGAGGAUAUUCAAUUGUGUAGCUGUAAUGUUGGGUUAUUAAUGGGCAAGUUCAGGGCUCAUAUACCGCGACAUUGGGAGAUUGUUGAUGAGAUCGCACCAAACAUCUUCACGCAGCUUGAUGGCCCAGAAGCUACUGGAGUCACUUCAUGA